CGUUACUAUAGCAACGUGUUGAAAACUAAUAUGAUAAUUAAAAAAAUACUCUUAUUACUAGACAACUAGCAAACAUGGAAAGUGAUGCCUCCAAAAAGGAAACCAUACAAGAUAUUGCCCUUAAAUUGGCAGAGGAGCAAUUACAACUGCUACAAGUGGAAAAUGGUCCCAAGGAGCGCACAGUUUUUAUACUAGGCAGUAAGAGCGUAGGUAAAACCACGGCUAUUAAUACAUUUUUCGAUCGAGAAGAAUCCUCUAAACCCACUUUAGCUCUCGAAUACUCAUAUGGUCGUAGGACGGGACAUUUGCAAAAACAAGUGCUUAACAUAUGGGAAUUGGGUUCUUUACAUAAUUCAGAACAAUUGCUAAAAGUUCCCUUAAAAAGUCAUGGCAUAGUAAAUUUUGCAGCAGUUAUAAUGUUGGAUUUAUCACAGCCUCAAAAACUAUGGUCAGAUUUAGAGACUGCCUAUGUAGGUCUUAAGCAAGGCUGUCAGGAGCUGUUGGCAAAUCAGUCUCUAGAGUUAACUGAUCUAUUGUAUGAAAAAGCUAAAGAACGUGUUAAAAAAGAUCAUAUGGAUUUAAAUACCUUAGAACUAAUGCCAUUUCCCAUAGUUUUAGUUGGUGGAAAAUAUGAUUUGUUUAUGGGUUAUGAACCUGAACUUAAAAAACACAUAUGUCGCUGCUUAAGAUCUGUGGCCCAUCUUAUAGGUGCCAGUUUGUUAUUUUAUUCAAGUAAAAUUCAAAAAUUAGCCAAAACUUUACGUGAUACCAUAAGUCACUUGGGUUUUGGCAGUCCCUCGAACCCUUUUCGUACUCAUAAUACCGAUUAUAAUGAUGCUUUAUUGAUAUGGUUUGGUACAGAUUCUUGGCAAAAUAUAUCCUCAUUAGGAGCUCAAAAUCUACAAAGUAUUCAGACUAAUUUAACAACUGAAGUACCCCAAAAACUGCAGCAGGCGAGAGAUCAACCGGUUCUAAAUGAUCCAUCUAAAGAUGCUGGAUUUCGUGAGAGUAUUAUUGAUGAAAUGCGUGCCCAAAAAGAUGAAGAAUUGGAACGUCUUAUUAAGGAGGCUCAACUGAGGAGUCAAUUUCAAAGUGUGGCUAACUAAGAGGGCAAAUUAUUUCUCUCUUCUGGUUUUUGUAAAGUUGAAACGCAGUUUAUAUGUAAUUGUUAGCAAAAGCUUAAAAUUUUAUAAAAUUUAAUGUAAUAAAGUAAAUUAAUUAAUUUCGUGAGAGUAUUAUUGAUGAAAUGCGUGCCCAAAAAGAUGAUGAAUUGAAACGUCUCAUUAAGGAAGUUCAACUCAAAAGUCAAUUUCAAAGUGUGGCUAACUAAAAGGGAAAAUUAUUUCUC